AUGGCCGAUCGCUACGUCACCAUUCAUGAGUCUCCCAAUGGACCAGGAGAUUCUCGCCCAACAGCUAUCCAGAUCAUCAAGGAUGAAGGACUGGAAAGAAAACUGAGUGACCAGGUCGUCUUCAUCACCGGCUGUUCCGCGGGCAUCGGUAUUGAGACCGCGAAAGCCCUACAUCUCACCGGCGCGACUCUGUAUUUAACGGCUCGAGAUCUCGAAAAGGCAAAGUCAGCCUUGGGUGGCCUCGCGCAAGAUGAGCGCGUUCACCUUCUCGAACUUGAUCUGGAAUCGCUGGAAAAUGUUCGCUCAUGCGCUACCAAGUUCUUAUCUGAGAGCCCGAAACUCAAUAUCCUUAUCUGCAACGCUGGGGUCAUGUGUACACCAGAAGGACGUACGAAAGACGGCUUCGAAACACAGUUCGGGACAAACCAUCUUGCCCACUUCCUAUUGUUCCAACUUCUCAAACCUGCUCUGGCCAAAGGUGUGACGUCUGAUCACGCAUCGCGAGUCAUCAUGUUGAGCUCACUUGCCCAUCGUUUCGGCGAGGUCAACUUUGACAACGUCAACAUGGAGGGCUGCUACGAUCCCAACAAAGCAUACUCCCAGAGCAAAACUGCCAACCUCUGGACAGCCAAUGAGAUCGAACGGAGGUACGCCAACGAGGGCAUUCAUGCGUGGAGUGUUCAGCCAGGCGGUGUCCUCACAGAUUUGGGAAGACAUUUAUCUGAGGAACAAAAGAGCGGCCUCGCAGUGGAUCCAUAUCUUAAAACAAUUUGGAAGCUCCCGGACCAAGGUGCUGCUACAAGUGUUUGGGCAGCUGUCGCUGAGGCUUUGGAAGGUCAAGGUGGGAAGUAUCUUGAGGACUGUCAAAUCGUCGGCAAGUGGGAUCCUUCUACUCCGCUUUAUGGAAGAGGAUAUGGGGAGCAUGCGUGUGAUACUGAGAAAGCGGCGAGAUUAUGGGAUAAGUCUCUGGAGUGGGUGGGUUUGUAG